UUGAGAAGACUGCGUGUUGCUGUAAGUAACCAACUCAAAGGAUCUUGUGGUAUAAAUUCAAAUUGCAGUGUCUAUUUUGGCCAUAUCGCAGUGAUUGUUACCGCUUGCGAGUAGUUUUGCGUCCGAUGAUAAAUUCGCCGUGCUGUUCUCAUGCGCAAAGAAUCGCGGCAGCCUAGCCGGAUCGGAGAGGAAAGUCUCAACAACGCAGUUAGAAUAAACGAAGAAGUGCAGCAUUUCUAAUCAGAUUGCUCACAUCCAUCGAUGUUGAUCGGCCUACAGUACUGCGUCCAAUGACUUACCUUAUACGCCAUUCAGCAUAAUCUGCCUUGCCAAUGGAUGCUGCUGACGAGUCUAACAUGACGUGCCAUCAGACUGCAGGAUCAGAGGCAAGUGUCCACGAGGAAGUGAUUGGCUACAUUGACCUGAACAGCUCUGGCUUGCAGCUUGUCGGCGGCGACACUUUCUACCUCCAAACAGAAGCACUUGGGGAGCACAUCCUAAUGUCUGAGCACGGAAAGGAAGGGCAACCUAUAAUUGUUGUUGUAGAAGAAAACUCCGAAAAUGUUGUUGUUCAGGCAUUUUCUAGAGAUUCUGAGGCAGUAGGGGAUGAAACAGCCUGCACAGUGAAUCAUUUCGAUAAUGCGAUGUCAGCUGCCCUUCCAGAGCAGCUCACUGGUGUAGCGACAACGACAACUUCUGAAAUACAAGAACUAAUAUUGUCUCAGGAUGCUAAUGGGAAGCUUGUAAGCAUGAAAGGGGCUCAGGUUGAGCCCUCUGCUGCUGUUCUAGACGCUGGGCCUUCAUGCCGUGAGGUUUCAAAAGGUAAUGCAGCUGAGCAGUGUGCUGCAUCACCUGAAAGCAGCCAGAUGGAGUUACAGCAAGAAUGUGAAACAUUCUCUGGGGCAAAUGGCAAUAGUGAUGUAAAUGCAAUUCUUGAUAAUCUACAUGUUCCUGGAGAAAGGGAAGAAUGUGAAUAUGAUGGUGGAAGUAAACCUCACGCAGCUGGACCAGUGGGUGUAAGCAAAUCUAGUAAGACAAGCAGCUCUGAUAUGCCAGUCACCUUGGGGCAGGGCGACGGUUCAGAAUGUCGGGAAAAGCCAGCUUCGCCGAAUGGGAAACCAGUACAAGUCAUCGAGGAAAAUAAGAAUGGAAUCAUGGACAUGAACGUUGGUGAUAAUCAUUUUAGAGACAUUUCUGUGGUAUCGGUGCAGUCUGUAAAGCCUGGUACUGAGGUUAACCUUAACUCAUCCAAAAUGUCAUCAGCACCACUCAUUGUUGGUGUGAAGUUGGACACUGCUGAAGUGCUUGAUGCAGACAAAUGUACCAAUAAAAAUAUCUCAAGUGCUUUACUGGACUCUAAGAGUAGCGAGUCCGCAGGCAACAUUCCUGAAGUUUCCGAUAGCCCAAGUGAAAGUGCAAGACUAAAAAGUACGGAUGAUGUGUGUGCAUCUCGAAAUCCAAGUAAAAAUUUUAUUGCUGAUACUACAACAAAUCCAUUGCUUGGAAAGAAAAGUGACAAACCUCUUCCAAUAGUUCCUGAGCACAGUGAAGUCCCACCAAAAGAAUCUCUUAAGGUAGGCCAAAACACUAAAGUGUGCAGCAAAAAAGCUAGUCAAAGUGCCAAUACUGAACAGCAAAAUGAACCUUUGAGCCAAACCAUUAGAAGUAGCAGUGCUCGCACUACUGUGAGACCACUGGAUAGAAGCCUGGAGCAAGACGCCAGCAAGCAUUCUGGUAUAGUGAAGGCUGAUGCAGCAGGUCUUGCCAAAAGCAGGGUGGGACAUCGACCUCAAGGUCCUACUAACGAAAAUUCCUCAUUAAAAAAUGUGUCGAUAUUAAAGCCACAGGCCUACUCUACAUUUGCAUCUUCUGACUCAGAGGCUAGCAGCACAGCCCUUCACCAAGAACAAGAAAGCUUGGAAGAGAAGGAAGGGACACAGUGUGCAAUAGAGGAUGAGAAAAGUGAAUCUAGUCCAGUCAGUACAAGUGUAAAAAAAGGCCUAGAGUCCAGAGACGAGCAUGCGAAUUUUAGUAGUGAUUAUUUGCCUGCUGGUCGACAGGAAUUGUCUCGAACCAGUUGCAGUGCUGUUGCACACAAUAUUGAUCAAUCUGGAGGAGAAAUUACCUCAACUAAACUCUAUAAUACUCAUAAAAAAACAAAUGAACCAGGACAAAUGUCGCUCAAAGGUGAAACAUUGAAAGUUCAACCAGCAGCUAGCGUUUCAAGUAGUAACGUGACUACUGACAAUGAUAAAGCAAAAGCCCAUUUGAUUGAGAAAGAUAACCCAUUAACAGGACUUUGUGAUGUUUUCAGAGAAAAUUCUCAAUCAACAUCGGAUCCUCAGACAAAAUCUAUUCAGAAAGCGGAGGCAUUCAAGUUAAGUGACGCUAAGGCGUUGCAUGAAAUGCGAAAGAAACAAAGUCACAAAAUGACAAUGAUUCCUGUAACAAGCAAUUGUGCAAAAAGCAAGUUGCAGGGCUCUUCACAUAAUGAAAGUCAUAAAGCCUCCCAGAAAAGAGAGUCUGAAAGUGUUAAAGUACCAUCAGAUGCAACUUCAAUGGCUCGUCAAGGCCGCCAACCUAUUAUAGCCAAGGAACAAUGUGAAAUUCAACCGCAAUCACCACACACUGAAGAAAACAAGUUACAGAAAGAAACCACUGAUAGCAUUAAUAUACUUCCUGGCAAGUCUGAUGAUAACACAGAAAUGGGCAUUUCCAAGUGUCGUGAUAGUAAGGACACUUUUGAGCAUACUGCUCGACGUGAUGGCAUUGGAGUGCUUCAAGACCUACAAGAAAAUGAGCAUCAAGGCAAGGAUGUAUGUGAAAGAGCUGAAAUAAGAGCGAAAUCCUGCAACCAGAACAUCCAGGAACAAGUAGGAGAAGGCCUUACUAAUGUCAUGAAUACAAACAGUACAAAUGUGCCAGAUAUUAAUACUUCACUUGAAAAGGAUGAAGAAACCAGCGGAACUAAAGGCCCUCCUACUGAUAUACUUCUUGCUGCACUUGACCUGGUACCCCGUCCACCUGAUGACUCAACAAAAGAGCAAGAUGGGACUGCUGAAGAGCCAUGUUGGACGUUUGCUACAUCUGAAUGGGAGAACAGAGAAAUCAAACCACAAAGUGAAUGCCUCCAUGAGCAAGGAGAUGAUACUCCCAGUAAAAAGCGUUGGAGCCUUCGUACACCAAUAAAACCAAGAAAGAGAGUCGUCAUCCCAGAUAGCGACGAUGAAGAUUUUGAGGCCUACGUUAGUGAAGAUGUUCAGCCUGUAACACAAAAGAGCAAGUCAGAAGAGGCAUUCGAUGAGCUUUUAGAUGUCUUCAAAAAAGAGCAAGUUCAGAAAGCUGCUGAAGAAACUGCAGUAGUGAGAAAAAGAAGUACAAGAAAACUAGGAUGUCCAACAGGAUUCCUGUCACCAAAAAGCUCAUCUGUACAUUCGAGAUCAUCCGAAGCCAAUAAUAAGCCAUGCGAAAAAGAGUCAACUGUCAAGACAGCAAAAGUGAAAGAUGUAAAGACUACAGCAAGAAAACACCAAUCGGUGCACACACCUUGCACAACCAGCCAAGCGACUGCUGUAAAGCAAGUUCGAAAGCGACGCUCGGAGCCGGUGAAGGUUGUGCCUCAUAAGAAGAGCGUAGGUGAUGGUGCAGGUAGCCAAACUCCCUCUGUGAGUGAUACACUUGCUGGUGUCAUCAGAAUUCGUUGCCAGAAGCCGAAUUCCUCAAAGGAUAAGAUGACAUCACAGUAUCACUGUUCCAAAUGUGGCUUCCGCUCAGCUCGCAUGGACAAUAUUGUGAGGCACCAUAAGAAGGACUGCCCGUUCUCUAAACCACGACCUACUUGGGAUCCCAAGGCCAGAAAAAUUGUACUUGCGUGAACCUAUUACCACUGUCACCUGCACUACCGGCUGCUGGACUAUGGUGAUUCACAAUGGUUUUCAUCACCAAUAUCUCUUAUCCUAACUGGGCAAAAAAAAGAAUGGUAUCUGAACUGCUGGACUAUGUCAAUCCACUAUAUUUUAUAUCACCAGUAUGACUGUUCCUGAUUGAAAAAAAAUGUAAUAUUGAAAACAGAAAAGUUUUUUUGUUUAUAUAAUCAUCAUCAUCAUCAGCCUGACUACGUCCACUGCAGGACAAAAGCCUCUCC